UAGACCAAACUGCCCACCAUGCACCCACACACGCCACCAACACCUGCCCCUACCAGGCCCACAGGCGCCUGGACAUAAAAAUGCCUCGCCUUCUCUUCUUCCUCCAACGUACCACCGCGCAGAACCAGCGCCAUUAGAAGCCACACCUCCAUUCCUUCUCGCACGCACCUGACAAUUCCCAGCAGGAGGCAGACAGGGAGGCGCCCCUGUCAAUCGGAAAGAUCAAUUUGAACUUCAGGUAACAGAUUCAGAAUCGUCAACUAAAAAGGGAAGCAGAUACAGCAGCUGGCCAAGAUGACCGCCGGUUUCCAGCUCGGUGUGAUUGGGUCUCUCGCGCUCUCCGUGGCAUCAUCGGUUGCCAUUGUUAUCUGCAACAAAGCCCUCAUCAGCACUCUAGGCUUUCCAUUUGCUACAACAUUAACAAGCUGGCAUCUUAUGGUGACCUUCUGCACCCUGCAUGUCGCGCAGCGCAUGCGCUUUUUUGAGCCCAGAGCAAUUGAUGGACAGACGGUAGUCUUGUUCGGGUUGCUGAAUGGCACCUCAAUUGGCCUUCUCAACCUUAGUUUAGGAUUCAAUUCUAUCGGAUUCUACCAGAUGACGAAACUGGCCAUCAUACCUUUCACAGUACUGUUGGAGACUAUAUUCCUGAAGAAAAGAUUCAGUGAGACUAUCAAAUUUUCUCUACUGGUCUUGCUACUUGGAGUUGGCAUCGCUUCCGUUACCGACCUCAAGCUAAAUCUUCUUGGGUCUAUCCUUUCUGGCCUCGCCAUCGCCACGACUUGUGUUGGCCAAAUUCUCACAAAUACGAUACAAAGGAAGUUGAAGGUCUCUUCGACGCAGCUUCUGUACCAAUCCGCGCCUUACCAAGCUGCCAUUCUGUUUGCGACUGGCCCCUUCGUGGAUCAACUCCUUACCAACCGCAGCGUCUUCGCCCACAAAUAUACUGUUCCGGUUCUGGGUUUCAUCAUCCUGUCCUGUCUGAUUGCGGUGUCCGUGAACUUCAGCACGUUCCUCGUGAUCGGAACGACGUCGCCGGUGACGUACCAGGUCCUGGGCCACCUCAAGACGUGCCUGGUCCUGUCGUUCGGCUACACCCUGCUGCACGACCCCUUCACCAUGAGGAACAUCAUGGGCAUCCUCGUCGCCAUCUUCGGGAUGGCGCUCUACUCUUACUUCUCGGUGCGGGAGGGCAAAAAGAAGUCGGCGGGCGACGCCCUUCCAGUGUCGCAGAUGCCGGACAAGGAGACGGAGCCGCUCGUGGCAGCCAAGGACAGUAGCGACACGAAGAAGGAGAACGGCGUAUCGCACGACUGCUAAAGAUGUUUCGCAUGUUUAGCGUAGCCCAGCUCUAGUAUCGCUACUUGCGCCUGUAGCCUACUGUUUGAGCUAUUCCUUUCAUUUCUUUGAUUCUUUUUUUGGAUUCGGGGGGUGUUUAGGGAGUGUACAAUAUGAUGCAGCAGCACUUAUCAGAUGUUUCCUCUAUUUAGGCCGCAAGGUUCAGACUUUAGCGGAAGCAGACUAAGAUUGUUUUUUUGGCGAAAAUAAGUUGUUUUUUUAAGAAGGGGUGACUUUAUUAGAUUAAGUAAAG